AAAAAGAAGCAGAAGAAAGACCCACUGAUGAUGAAGAAAGCAAGAAAUGACCCAAAUGCUCCUGCAUCUACCAGAAUACCCAUGCCUGAAUUGAAGGACUAUGAUAAAAUGGAAAAGAUUAAUGCAUACAGAGAGGCCCUAAAGAGGGUGAAAAUAGGACCCAAUUCUCCCCCUUCUAUAUGCUUCUACACAUUUCAUAAUGCUGUACAGGGUUUAACAUCCGUUGAAAUAUCUGAAGACUCCAGUCUGAUGUGCACAGGGUUUGGCGAUUCAAACAUCAAGAUCUGGUCACUUACGCCAAAUAAACUCCGAAGUAUGAAGCAAUUAGAGAGUUUGGAAAUCAUCGAUAAGGAAGCAGAUGACGUAUUGGAGAGAAUGAUGGAUGAGCGAACAUCUGAAGAUACAAAACUGUUGGUAGGACACAGCGGGCCGGUUUACAGCACGAGCUUCUCUCCCGAUAGAAGCUACCUCACAUCCUGUUCCGAAGAUGGCACAGUACGGUUAUGGAGCCUUCAGACGUGGACAAAUUUAGUGUCAUACAAAGGUCACAACGCGCCAGUUUGGGAUGUGAAAUUCAGUCCACAUGGUCAUUAUUUUGUAUCAGGUGGAAAUGACAGGGUUGCUAGACUUUGGACAACAGAUCACUACCAGCCUAUCCGAAUAUUUGGGGGACAUUUUUCAGAUGUUGACAGUGUGCAAUUUCAUCCCAAUGGUAAUUAUGUUGCCACAGGGUCCAGCGACAGAACUGUAAGGAUAUUUGACGUCCUGAAUGGGUCUUGUGUAAGAACACUUACUGGACAUAAGGGGGCAGUGCAUAGCCUUUGUUUCUCACCAGAUGGCAAAUACUUGGCAUCGUCAGGCUUAGAUGGAAAUAUUUGCUUGUGGGAUGUGUCGAAUGGCAAUAUGUUGGCACAGAUGAGGGACCAUACAAGUACUGUUUACUCACUUAGCUUUAGUCGUUGUGGAGCUGUCCUGGCUUCAGGAGGAUUAGAUAACUGUGUCAAGCUGUGGGAUGUUACAAAAGUCAUCAAAGAAAUGGAUAAAGACAUGGACGCUAGUAUACCAAGUUCCCUCUCUGUUAACGAGAGUCCGAAUCUUCUGAUUGGCUCAUUUGCCACAAAGGCCACGCCUGUAUUAUCUAUACACUUCACGAGGAAGAAUCUUCUCCUAGCUGCAGGACCAAUGAAAGUAUCAUGAAGGGAAUGCAAGUCAACAGGUGAUAGUGCCUAGAAAAGACUAGUACAUAACUAUAUUUUUGGGGUAUCUAUUCUGAAAAAAAAAUGAUGGAGUAAAAACCCAUGUGAAAAUGAUAAGAAAAAGUUUGGCAUAUGGAAAGUGUUACUAUGAAUACUUGUAAACAUGUAGGAGUUGAAUGUGAUGUAUUGAGAAAAAUAUAUUUGUGAAGGAAAUUGUUACACAUUUGCAGCACCAUGGAUAACGACAGAUAUAAUUGUAAAGUGUUUCUUAUUUGUAGUACCAGGGAUAAAGACAGAUAUAUUUGUAAAGGAAAUUGUUACACAUAUGCAGCGCUUGGAUAAUGACUGACAUACUUGUGAAAUGUUAAACAUUUGUGGUACCAGGGAUAGAGACAGAUAUAUUUGUAAAGGACAAUUGUUACACAUAUGCAGCGCAGUGGUUAAUGACUGAUAUAUUUGUAAGAGAAAUUGUUACAUAAAGAUAUACAUUUUGUAUUUGUAAAGGAAAAUGUUACACAUAUGCAGCACAAGGGAUAUAGACUGACAUAUUUGUGAAGUGUUAAACGUUUGUGGCACCAGGGAUAGAGACAGAUACAUUUGUAAAGGAAAUUGUUACAGAUAUGCAGCGCGGUGGUUAAUGACUGAUAUAUUUGUAAAGGAAAUUGUUACACAUAUGCAGCGCGGUGGUUAAUGACAGAUAUAUUUGUAAGGGAAAUUGUUACAUAAUGAUAUACAUUUUGUAUUUGUAAAGGAAAAUGUUACACAUAUGCAGCACAAGGGAUAUAGACAGGUUUACUUGUGGAAUACCUAUUUCGCUAUGUUUGUGAUUGGCUCAUUGUAUAUACAUAUGAAAGUUGACAAGAUAAAAUAUUCCAACACUAUAGAUAAUAUUUAUACAUGCCAUAAUUCCCAGAUGUCAUUCUGGAACACUUGUCUCAUUUGUUUUUCAAUCAUUAAGGAUAACCCCUUCCCUUCGUAAAAACACCGCCCCUCCCUUUUUAGCUCACCUGAGCUAGCUCAGGGUGAGCUAAAAGGACCAUUGAAUGUAUGUCGUCCUUAUUUGUUUGUUAACACUCUAGUUGUCAUAUUUUUGACUCAAUUAUCAUCAAACUUUGUAAGGAUGCUUGCCUAGGUAAUUGCUCGAAUGAGUUUAAACGUAGGUCAUCUGGGAUGAAAAACUAGGUCACAGGAGCAAAAAAUAGAAAAAUCUUGUUAACACAUUAGUGGGUACUGUUUUGAUCCAAAUAUCCUUGAAAUUGGUCUUCAAGCUUGUUUUGAUGAUUUCUAGGUCAUGUAUGAAUAUGGGUCACCUUGGGUCAAAAAUUAACACUGUAGUUGUCACAUUUUUUAACCAGGUUUUCA